GUGUUUUUUGUUGUUGUUGAUUGGCUGCAGCCUUUGACCAGACUCCAUGGAUUCUGUUUAGAUCGUCUCCUACUACCACCUCAUCAAACAUCCACACUGUAGAAUUUAGAGCAAACCAAUGAUGCCAAUGAAAGAAAGGUGCAACAGGUUAGAGAGGGGUAUGUAAUGCAGAAAAAUCUCCAGUUGGUCUCAGGCCAGAGGAGACAUUUAUUCCCCCAGACUUUAAUGUGAUUUUUCUGCAGGCCAUGCUUCAGCUAGGUGCCCUGGAAGCUUCGUCAACAGAUGCCCAAACCACCUCAAGUGGCUUUUACGGCAGCACUGGGUCUUUCCUCUGCUGGAAUAGAUUCCAGAGGGCAUGUGGUCUUAGUCCACAUGUAGACUGUAUAGACCAGGAUGGAAUUAACAUUUCUUCCCACGAAGGUUUGAUGAGGUUGAGGCUGACCAGUGUAAUACCCUGAUAACUGAAGCACACCUUAGCGACCUCUGCCAGGGAUACUGACGAGUCCUGAGACCUUCCUUCACCAAGGACAAGAUUUGACCAUGUCUCAAAUAUGUCUUGAAUUAUUGGUCUGUUUGUCCUGUUGUGUUCCAGUCUUUUUCACGGUGGUCAGAACACACAUGCUUCAUUUGAGAGCAGCUUCAACCAGUAGUGAUCAAUUAGCUGGUGGAUUUAUACAUUCAGAUACAUGGAUAUAAUUUAAAUGACUAGUCUGUUGUUUAGUCCAAUCAAAAACACAUUUGCAUCAAAGCACAAAUAAAUAUACAGCUGAGAGGACGGCAUCAAAGGAUGUAUGCCAUUUCUGCUGACCUAUCAGUCCAUCACUUUAAUGUUUCACAUUUCUAGGUUUACUUUUCUUGUCCUUCAUCUCCAUCUCUUCUCCGUUCCAGCUACAUUUGCAAUGGAGAUCAGUGUGGAACAUGAUAAAAGAACAGGCAAAAGUCAGGUGGUCUCCUCAGCAACUAUCACCCCAGAAACCCUCCAGGAAACGGGCUUAAAAGUUUACGACGAUGGGCACAAGUCAGUGUUUGCGCUGCACAGAGAUGCUGCUGGCGUACAUAACGGAGCAGCUGGAGAGAUGACGCUCACUGAGGUGGAAGAGCUCCUGCGACAGGCCACAGAAAUGACCGUGCCCAAUGAGGUGCAGUACCAUCAGCCUGUGUACUCUGUACCUUACUCCACGAGCAGCAGACCUACAGCACCCAGAUAUCAGGCUAAAACACAGAGCCAGGCCACAGCGCCCAGCACCUACCAGAGCACAAGCUUAUCUAGGAAUGGUGCUCAAACUCUGAAAGAGGAAAAAGAGCCAAAGCUGGAGGGACACAAAGGCCCAAAGAAAACCCCGAGCCCUCACCUCAUCCAUCAAGAGUCCACCUCUGGAGUCCAAAGAUCUGGAGACGUGAAUCUGCCCUGCCUGCCCACCCCAGGAUGCUCCAAGACUGACAAGCAUGCAGUUCAACAAGAAGGACUCACCAACAGCAUGACUGAUACACACAGUCCAGACCCAUUGGCUACUGUGUCUAUCAAAGUCAGGUCUAAAGGGAUGCCUGCACCCAUCCAGCCGCACUACAGGGCAGUAGACCGCAGUAGUCCUCCAUUACCCAGCCACAAAUCUGAAGUGGAUCCAGCCUUGAUAGAGAGCUCGGCUGAUUUUAAAAGGCGCUCGCCCUUCUGUGCAGAGAACAUUAUAAAUACACUCCCAGAGGAGCUGGAGUCAAAACCGAUCACCAUGAUCUUCAUGGGCUUUGAGAAGGCAGUAGACGAGGAGGAGAACAUCAAGGCUGAGCUAGUGAUUAUAGGAACCCCUGAGAAUGACGAUGAGGUUGACAAGUAUACUGAAACUGAAUGUAACCGGGAGGAGAAUCUCUCAUACCACCCAGAGGGAUACAAGAGCAAAGUGUUCCAACCCAAAGUGGGUAAGACCCAGAUUAGAUGCUGCAGAGACAUUAUUGAAGACACCCACACAGACUGGGAUGACCUAGGGCUCCAUAAACCGACAUUUAUCCACAAGCCGGGAAAGAAUAGUCACUGCAUGCAGGGACAUGAGGUGGAUGAGGCUGCAAACACCACCACAGUCAAUAUGAAGAGUUCAACAGGAAGAUGAGACGUAAACAAGCUCUGUUAAAAUUCAGCUCAUUCAUUAGCUUAAAUUUCUGUCUUUCAUUCUGUCUAAUAUGUGAAAAUGCAUAACAUAUGGUAUUAUACUAUCAUACUUUCUAACCUGUUGAAAGACAUUUCUACCUGACUUCCUACCUCAUGCUAUCCUGCCCUGAAGACUCAGAUAUUAUAAAGCCCUGUCCUUAGUUUUAUCACCCAGCACCACUGACAUGGGCACAGACGGUGUCACCAGGAAGAUGAUGCCUGGAUUGAAGAGUUGAUGUAUUUUCCGUUAACAAAGCUUUUAUUGGUAGAUGUGAAUCGUGCUGCACUGUGAACGAGACAUUGCUGUGUUUGGAUUUCUAAAGUCACAGUGUAAACUAUUUAAUGUGUGUGCUGUUACCUUCUCAAUUAAAAAGAACUCCUCACCA